AUGGCGAGGACAAAAAAGAGUGUAACUAACCAUACCCCUAUAAACACACAUACGCAUAUGUUUAAUAUGCUCGCAAAUAAUCCAAUGGUAAAUAAAUCAACACAUAACCAAAUUGGGUCUAAAGGAACAAAUAUAAAUAAUAAAAGUAAUUCAGGGAAUAUGACACAAAAAGGUUUAAAUAAAAGUCGUAUUAGAAGACCACAUAGAUAUAGACCUGGUGUAUUAGCAUUAAAAGAAAUUCGAGCUUAUCAAGCAACAACUCAAUUAUUAAUACCUAAAAUACCAUUUGUAAGAGUAGUUAAAGAAAUAACAAAAUUAUAUGAAUUACCAGAUAGCCAAUUUCGUUAUACUCCUGAAGCUUUAUUAGCUCUUCAAACGGCUUCGGAAGCAUAUUUAGUUAGCUUAUUUGAAGAUGCAUAUUUAUGUUCACUACAUGCAAACAGAGUGACUCUCAUGCCUAAGGACAUACAUUUAGCUAGACGAAUAAGAGGGAGAGAUUAA